AUGGAUCCUGAACGUCCAUACCCUUCUAUAUACGGCUACUAUUACAAUACUCCUACCCAUCCUGCUCCAGGAACAGGCUAUAGAAGCAACCCCCGGCAAGACAACCCGUUUCUACCAUGCUCCAGCGCUGGAGGUAGUGCUGGUUUGGAUCCAACGCAAGAAUAUGGUGAGGGAGAGGAUUUCUCAAGCCGCCCUGCAGAAAGCUACGACAGUAACUUGCGACCUGAUAAUCCCUUUCUUCCGCAACAGUCCCACGCUGGAGGCAGUGUUUCGUUUCAUUUAACGCAAGAAUAUGGUGGAAGAGGAGACGUUCAGAGCCGUCCCGCUCAAAGCUACGACAGUAAUUUGCGGCCUGACAAUCCCUUUCUUCCGCAACAGACGCGUGCUGGAGGUAGUGCUCAAUUUAAUUCCACCCAAGGAUAUGGUCAAUAUAGUGAGCCAUCCUACUCACCUGCCCAAGGCUAUAGUCAGAGAUCUGAAUAUGACCCGAUGGGGAGGUUGCAGAGUCGUUUUCAACAAGAAACCUCUGAUCCUCGGCCAGAAACAGCCAGAGUAUAUAGGUAA